AUGGCAGAUUUUAACUAUGUCUCCCGAGCGGAAGCCACCACAGAGGAGAAAUGCCAGAGCGGCAAAGCACCUCUGGACUUGAGCCAUCAUUUCUCGCGGUUAGUGAUGAAGCGGCAAACUAGUAGUAUCAAAGACUUCUACAAGUAUUUCCAGAUCCCCGGGAUUGGGAAUCUGGCUGGUGGUAAGCUUAUCCCGAGCCAACGACACGAUGUGGAGCCAGAUGUUGGUUACAUGUUACAUCACACACAUGGUUACUUCCGAGACAAUUCUAACGGUCUUGCAGGACUGCCCAACGCCAGUUUCUUCCCAUAUGAUACCCUCGAGGCCCAGAUUGCGCACCCAGAGCGCUUUAAACCUUCCCCCAACGAACCUAAUGGCCUCUCCAAGCUCACGCAGAAGUUCGCCGCCACUUCUUUGAGCAAGAACCACGAUGCGACUGCUGCUGCCCAUUUGACCGUUCCACACACAUCAGCCAUCGGCAAUCCACUGCAGAAGAUCGAUUUAACGACCGCUUUGCAGUAUGGACAAGCUCAAGGAUACCCGCCUCUAUACUCCUUCAUCCGCCAAUUCACACGCGAGAAUCUACACCCGAAUGUACCAUAUACAGGAGGGGUAGAGAUCAUCCUCAGCAAUGGCAAUACAGAUGGGCUGUCGAAAACAAUUGAUGCUCUAAGCAACGUCUGGGACGAAGAACGGGACUGGAUUCGGGAGAGGGAGGGUAUUCUCGUGGAGGAAUUUGCCUAUAUGAAUGCCAUCCAGAGUUCCAAGCCAAGGGGGUUGAAUAUCGUGCCCGUGAAGCUUGAUCUAGAGGGUAUGAAACCAUAUGGAAAAGGGGGCUUGGAAGAUGUUCUUGAAAAUUGGGAUGAGGCAAAGGGGAAAAGACCACAUUUGAUGUAUACCGUUACGUGAGUACUUCUGUUGAGUUGAAAAUGGGGGGCGUUACUAAUCAUCACCAGAAUCGGCCAAAAUCCUACGAGUGGAACACUUUCUAUACAAAGACGCAAAGAAUUAUAUGCAAUUUGUAGCAAGUACGAUGUGAUGAUUAUCGAAGAUGAUCCAUAUUGGUACCUUCAAUUUCCAUCCGCCGUUGGAAAGGAGGCAGAAGCUCGUGGUACCAAAAUCCCAGCAGCACAAGAACCACACAAAUUUGAGAAAUCAACUGGAUAUGAUUACCUCGACAGUCUCGUCCCCUCAUAUUUAAACAUCGAUUACGAUGGCCGAGUCAUCCGUCUCGACACAUUUUCCAAGACCGUCGCUCCAGGAUGCCGGCUAGGCUGGAUCACAGCCCAACCAGCAAUCAUCGAACGCAUCCUCCGAAUUACCGAGUCUUCCACCCAACAACCGAGCGGUUUCGUCCAAUCCAUGGUUGCAGGACUCCUCAUGGGACCUCAACCAGCGGCCGAAGCAUUCUCCAAGAAAUCCAAAGCCGACCAACUCGUCUUCACAGGCUGGAAAACCGACGGCUGGGUCCGCUGGCUCGAGGGUCUCCGAGGGGCCUACGAACGACGAAUGAACCGGAUGAGCACCAUCCUCGAAGCAGGACGAUACCAACUAAAAGAAGGAACCUUCUACCAAAUGAAAGACGGCACCCCCAUCAAAGCCGAAGAAAGCGACUGGACCGUCAUCUCCAAAACAAAAAUGUACUCCUUCGACUGGCCCCACGCAGGAAUGUUCAUCUGGGUACACAUGCACUUCGAGACCCAUCCCCUAUGGGGUACCGUCUCGGGACCCAAACUCGCACACAGCGUCUGGAUCUACCUCACGCAAAAACAAUACCUCGUCCUCGUAGCCCCAGGCGCGAUGUUCAGUCCCACCCCCGAGAUCUUGGCGGAGAAGGGCUGGCAGUAUUUCCGAUUGUGUUUUGCGGCCGUGGACGAGGAUGAUAUUGAGCGGUGCUCGAACGGGUUCGCGGAUGGGGUCAAGGCUUUUUGGGGAAUCAAGGAUGUUAAGGAUUUGCCGAGUAUGGGGGAUGAAAAUGUGGGGGAGGAGGUGAUGGAUUUGGGGAUGGGGUGGGCUUGUUAG